GAACGUAAGGAGAUUGUCUUCUCGCUUUACUGAUUUGCAUUAUCUUCCAACAGCAUUCCCAUAUUAGAAUCCUCAUCUUAUCAUUUGUACUCUCCCCCACCCACUUAAUUUAUCGUAUCUCUUUGCAGUGAAGUCUGAGCGUUGCACACAAAGAUAUUUACCAAUAUAAUAUAAGGCUGUAAUUUGUAAGCAAAGAAAAUGGUGAAGAUAUGUGGAAUUGGAGCCGGGUACGUAGGGGGUCCAACAAUGGCUGUGAUUGCCCUCAAAUGCCCCUCAAUUGAAGUGGCUGUGGUUGACAUCUCUCACUCUCGCAUAUCAGCUUGGAACAGCAACAAACUCCCCAUUUACGAGCCCGGCCUAGAACAAGUGGUGAAUCAGUGCAGAGGAAAGAACCUCCUCUUCAGCACCGAUGUGGAAAAGCAUGUGCAUGAGGCAGACAUAGUCUUUCUCUCAGUGAACACCCCAACAAAAACCAGAGGGCUUGGAGCCGGCAAGGCCGCGGACUUGACCUAUUGGGAGAGUGCAGCUAGGAUGAUAGCUGAUGUUUCAAAGUCUAACAAAAUUGUUGUUGAGAAAUCCACUGUCCCAGUUAGAACAGCUGAGGCAAUUGAGAAAAUUCUAACAUACAAUACUAAUAGCAAGGGCAUCAAGUAUCAAAUUCUGUCAAAUCCUGAGUUUCUCUCUGAGGGAACAGCUAUUCAAGACCUUCUGAACCCUGACCGGGUUCUGAUUGGAGGGAAUCAAUGCCCUGAAGGUUUACAAGCAAUUCAAAAACUGAAGGCUAUAUAUGCACAUUGGGUGCCUGAAGACAGAAUCAUAACAACCAAUUUGUGGUCUGCAGAACUGUCCAAGUUAGCUGAUAAUGCCUUUUUGGCACAAAGGAUUUCAUCUAUUAAUUCUAUGUCUGCCUUAUGUGAGGCCACUGGAGCUGAAGUUUCACAAGUUUCUCAUGCUCUAAGCAAAAACACCAAAAUUGGACCUAAGUUCCUCAAUGCUAGUGUUGGUUUUGGUGGCUCUUGUUUUCAAAAGGACAUACUCAACUUGGUGUACAUAUGUGAGAGCAAUGGCCUCAAUGAAGUGGCUAAUUACUGGAAACAAGUGAUCAAGAUGAAUGACUACCAAAAAAAUAGGUUUGUGAGGCGGGUCGUGACAUCGAUGUUCAACACGGUUUCGGGUAAGAAGAUUGCAAUUCUGGGGUUUGCCUUCAAGAAAGAUACUGGUGACACUAGGAAGACUCCUGCAAUUGAUGUCUGCAAAGGCCUAUUGGGAGAUAACGCGUGCUUGAGCAUCUACGAUCCAUGUGUUAUCGAGGAGCAGAUUCAAAAGGAUUUGUCAAUGGAUGGCGUUGAAUUUGACCAUCCUGUCCACCUGCAGCCAAUGAAUUCUACUAUGGUGAAACAAGUUAGUAUUGUUGGGGAUGCUUAUGAGGCUACUAAAGAUGCUCAUGGGAUAUGCAUUCUUACAGAGUGGGAUGAGUUCAAGAACAUUGAUUUUCAAAGAGUGUAUGACAGCAUGCAGAAACCAGCAUUUGUGUUUGAUGGAAGAAACAUAUUGAAUGCUGAGAAGUUGAGGGAGAUUGGAUUCAUUGUGUACUCAAUUGGGAGGCCAUUAGAGCAAUGGCUAAUAAGCAUGGCCUAACAGGCUUGAAGAUUAUGAAUUGAGCAGAGCUAUCAAUUAUGUUAUCCUUUGUGACAUUUCACCACUUGCUAUUUUUCAUGAUUUCAAGCGUUUUUCUGAUAUGUAAUACGGUGAAAUGAAAUCUGCCUUCUUCUGUGUUGCAAAAUAAUUCAUGUAAGCAUUAGGCGGGCUUUAGUUGUUACCUGUUGCUAGCUCCUAUACAUACUAUUCAAAUAAAAAUGCAGCUGCCUUGAGGCUGUACUGUAGUAUUUGAGAUAAUUAAAUAAGAUUUUAUCCUCUAUAAUUUUUUGUUUUGGUCUUCUA